AUGCUUACCGCCGUCGAAAAGUGCCCGCAGUGCCCGCGGUGCUCGCAGCGGGCGCGGCCGUGGUUUACAGAGGUUCUAUGCGGGGUCUGUCUUUCUCUGCAUUUGUUCUCACUGGUGCUGCUGCUACGGCAGGCUGCGCCAGAUACAGUGCUUUGCGCGGGCGCGUGUCUCGUGAUCUCCGCCGUGUCGGUCGUCGUACGCCGCUACUACACUUGCUGGUUCUCGCUCAUGUCCAGCUACGCGGGGCUCGCAGUAGUGAAGCGCGGGCUCGAGCGGCUGUGUCACGUGUACGGCGCGGUGCGUGCAGAGCUUGCCGCUAGACCCGUGGCCAGCGCGGCUAGCGCCCUGGGCGAGCUGGCUGGCGGCAGUGACGAGAUACUGGCGCAGAGCGCCAGGAUCUCGUUGCUAGAAUGCGAGCGCAGCGUAUGGUGCGCCGUCGCGGCCCAUUGCGCGCUGGGGACGUGUUUUUUCGUGUUACAGUGUGUCAACGUCAUUCUGUAUCUCCACGAGUGCAGCAGAGAAACGCAAGAGGUGCCAAGCAGCUGGGCGGCAAAGGAAGCAGGUGCAUGCCCAUGUGGCGGGAGGGCUGUCGUGAGAGGCGAUUUCUAA